CGCGGGAUCUCUCGGGAGGACGGAUGGGUUUAGGUCCCAUCAUGGCGGCUGAAGAGGCGGAUGUGGAUGUUGAAGGGGACGUGGUGCCAUCCACGGCACAGCCAGGAAGCAAUGAAAAUACAGCGUCUGUUUUACAAGAUCACUAUCUUGAUUCAUCAUGGAGAGCUGAGAAUGGUCUUAUUCCUUGGACUCUGGAUAGCACCAUCAGUGAAGAGAACAGAGCUGUCAUUCAGAAGAUGUUGUUGGAAGAAGAGUAUUACUUAUCUAAAAAAUCACUUCCAGAAAAUUUCUGGCUCGAUCAAAAGGAAGGUGAUAAAAAAUACAUGAAGAGUCUACAGAAAUCAGCAAAAAUCAUGGCACACUCUCCUACAAAACCAGCCAGUUACUCAGUAAAGUGGACGAUAGAAGAAAAAGAGCUGUUUGAACAAGGGCUGGCUAAAUUUGGCCGAAGGUGGACCAAAAUUGCAAAGCUAAUUGGAAGUCGCACUGUUUUACAAGUUAAGAGUUAUGCCAGGCAGUACUUUAAAAAUAAGGUAAAAUUAGAUGGUCCAGAGAAGGGAACACCACAUCAGAAGAGCAGCAGUGGUCUUCAGAUUAAAAAUGAAGAUGAAGGCACAAAGGCCUGGACGCCAUCAGGUUUAAGGGGACAUGCUGAUCCCAACUUGAAUGCUAUAAAAAUUGAAAAGUUAUCUGAUGAUGAAGAAGUAGACAUUACAGAUGAGGCAGAUGAGGUGACUUCUCAAGCUCCUCCCAAAAUUCCUGGCAGUGAUGUCUUUUUAAACAUUCCUAAUAGUAAAAGUCGUGAAACCAGUCAAGGAGAAUUUAUUGCUUCUUACAACCAGGAAGAUUCCAUAUCUAAAUCUUCCAAGGAAUAUUUUGAGAAUACAAAGCAGGGUGAAAUGGAAGUACUUUCAAGCUCAGGAAUUACAUUUUGGACUGAAAAACAGAGCACUAGUGACAAAAAAUCAGUUGAAUUAAAUGAUCAGAAAUGUAAUAAACUGGUGAAAAGCUGUGAAAAACAUGAUGGAAAUGGAGUAAUAGACGAUGCCAGGCAGCUGCCUUUUCCAGAGCUUUGUGAAGUUCGGGAAGAUCUGAGUGAUGAAGAAAUGCUUUUUCAUUCUUCCUGCCAAAUGGAGGGGGAGAGCCAUGAGGAAGAAGAGCUUAAGCCACCAGAACAAGAAGUGGAAAUAGAUAGAAAUACCAUUCAAGAAGAAGAAAAACAAGCAAUUCCUGAGUUUUUUGAGGGGCGCCAAGCUAAAACACCAGAACGCUAUUUGAAAAUUAGGAAUUACAUUUUGGAUCAGUGGGAGAUAUGCAAACCGAAAUACUUAAAUAAGACCUCAGUACGUCCUGGCCUGAAGAACUGUGGGGAUGUUAAUUGUAUUGGACGGAUUCAUACAUACCUCGAGUUGAUAGGAGCAAUCAAUUUUGGAUGUGAACAGGCUGUGUACAACAGGCCACAACCAGUUGACAAAGCACGAGCCAGGGACCGAAAAGAUGCGGCGGAAGCAUACCAGCUUGCACAGCGUCUGCAGUCUAUGCGCACAAGGAGACGUAGGGUCCGAGACCCAUGGGGAAAUUGGUGUGAUGCAAAAGACUUAGAAGGACAAACCUUUGAGCAUCUCUCUGCCGAGGAAUUGGCGAGAAGAAAAGAGGAAAAAUGUAAAUCUGUUAAAUCCUCAAAAGUACCAAGACCAACAAAAAGCUCAUUUGAUCCCUUCCAACUGAUACCUUGUCAUUCUUUCAGUGAAGAAAAGCAGGAGCCAUUUCAGGUGAAAGUGGCUUCAGAAGCACUUUUAAUAAUGGAUUUGCAUGCUCAUGUUUCUAUGGCAGAAGUGAUUGGUCUAUUAGGAGGAAGAUACUCAGAAGUUGAUAAGAUAGUUGAAGUCUGUGCAGCAGAACCAUGUAACAGUCUGAGUACAGGACUGCAGUGUGAGAUGGAUCCUGUGUCACAAACACAGGCCUCAGAAACCUUGGCUGUGAGAGGCUAUCGUGUAAUUGGAUGGUAUCAUUCUCAUCCUGCCUUUGAUCCAAAUCCUUCUUUACGAGAUAUUGACACUCAAGCCAAAUACCAGAGUUACUUCUCCAGAGGCGGUGCCAAGUUCAUUGGAAUGAUUGUUAGUCCUUAUAAUCAGAACAAUCCUUUACCUUAUUCCCAGAUUACCUGCCUAGUUAUAAGUGAUAAAAUUAGCUCAGAUGGCUCUUACCGUUUACCUUACAAAUUUGAAGUACAGCAGAUGCUAGAAGAACCUCAGUGGGGAUUAGUGUUUGAAAAGGCAAGAUGGAUAAUAGAAAAAUACCGACUGUCCCAUAGCAGUGUCCCUAUGGAUAAAAUCUUCCGCCGGGAUUCUGACCUGACUUGUUUGCAGAAACUCUUGGAGUGUCUGAGGAAAACUCUGAGCAACGUGACUAAUUGCUUCAUUGCCGAAGAAUUCUUGACUCAAAUAGAAAAUUUAUUCCUUUCCAAUUACAAAAGCAAGCCAGAGAACGGAGUGGCUGAAGAGAACUGUGCUGUGGGUCCAAAGGAAUUGUUAAUGUAAUUAUUUUAAAGUAAGGCAUUCUAAUCUGGACACAAUAGAUCCUACUCUCAAAGUAAUAACCUUGAAAUUAUUGUAAUUUAGCUAAUAGUGGCACACCUUUAAUAUUUUGUCUCUAGUUCACAGAAUCCAACUUGGUCACGUAAAUCAUGUGACAAAGAGAUACGGACUUGUUUUCCUACAGUGAUUAUCAGAGUGUUGUGUGAACCAGGGUCUGCUGCGGUGCUACAGUCCGACCAUGGCCAGUAAGCAGUGCAGUAGACUCUGAAGGGCUGUCUGCUGUACUGUUGUAUUCAGGUCGAUAAAUGGCAUGUAUCUGUCAUAUUUAUUUCUUCCCCAACUAGUCAUUCCACUUUUGGUACUUCAGGUCUGUGUCUCAUUAGGAGCACUUCCAUUUUUUCCAUGUGUUUUGGUGAGAUUUGGUUAUGGUUGCAAACGAGACAUGGAUGGAUGGUCACUGAGGUAAUUAAUAACAUGGUUGAGAACUAGUGGUCUAAUGAAUCUAGCAACAUGCUAUAGGAGGCCAGGGCAGGCAUAAGAGACCCAAAGGAGAGAAUCAGCUUGCCAGUUUUCCCAUUAUAGAUAUUUGUUUCCAUUUUAUUUUAUAGCAGUAAUACUACAGGAUAUGGCAUUUUCUCAGCUAUCUGAAACAUUUUGUAUGGAUUUCAGAUACAUGAAAUAAUUAGCUUCAGCUGUAUGUCCACUUCUGUUAGUGUGUGUGAUAAAACCUCAUUUAAUUGGAAGAUGAAUAAUCUUCACCCUCAAACUAGAUUUUUUUCUACUACCUGUUCUCAGAAGAGGCAAAUUAUAAUACUGCUUAAAUAUUAAAUCAGAGAUUUAAUUU